AUGAACCGAACCUAACAUAACCCGAGAUGGAUGAUAGAGUCUAUUCAAAACAAUCGGUGGAAAGCUACGCAACGUGGAAGUAUGAUGAAUUUCUCCAUUUUCCCCUAUGAACUUAUAAAAUUUGAAUUUCUCACACAGCCUCUCCUCUUAUACCCAUCACAAGUAAUCAUUCUGAACGGUGCCCAUGUUCAUCCGCUUGCCCUCCUCCUACCGGCCAUUCUUCAGUUCUUCCUCAACCACAAGGAAGGUAAUCGAAAACAUCAUGGGAGAUGUUGUUCAAUCUAGAGGACAAUGUUGGCGAGUGCUUAAAAAGGGAGGAUGGUUGAUGUCUCUUUAUUGUUCCUCAAGGAAUUUUCAAACGUCACGUAAAAUUUCAGUUAGUUCCUCAUCAAUCAAUGGAGAAAAACCUCACCAAAACUUCUUGAAGGACAAGAAGCUCAUUCCAGAUUCAGAUCCCCCUAGCACAAAGGAUGUUGAUCUUUUAUAUAACUUUCUUGAUCAAAGUUCCAAGCUUGUGGUAUUGACAGGAGCUGGAAUAAGUACAGAAUGUGGAAUUCCUGAUUAUAGAAGCCCAAAUGGAGCUUAUAGUUCUGGUUUCAAACCAAUUACACAUCAGGAGUUCGUUCGUUCACUCCGGACUCGUCGUCGAUAUUGGGCAAGGAGUUAUGCAGGGUGGAGACGUUUUACAGCAGCAAAGCCUGGCCCUGCGCAUUUAUCUCUAGCAUCUCUAGAAAAAGUAGGCCGAAUUAACUUACUGGUCACUCAAAAUGUUGAUAGGUUGCACCAUCGCGCUGGUAGUAAUCCACUUGAAUUACACGGAACUGUUUAUUCUGUAAUUUGUUUAGAGUGUGGCUUUUCCAUUUGUAGGAAUUCAUUUCAGGAACAAGUGAAAGCUCUCAACCCAAAGUGGGCAGAAGCAAUUGAAAGUUUGGAUGAUGGAAGCUCAGGGUCAGAUAAGAGCUUUGGCAUGAAGCAAAGGCCAGAUGGUGAUAUUGAAAUUGAUGAAAAAUUUUGGGAGCAGGACUUCUGCAUUCCUACCUGCCAAAAGUGCAAUGGAGUGCUCAAACCUGAUGUCGUAUUCUUUGGUGAUAAUGUCCCAAAGGAUAGAGCUACUAAGGCGAUGGAUGCUGCUAGAAAUUGUGAUGCUUUCCUUGUAUUAGGGUCAUCUGUGAUGACCAUGUCUGCUUAUCGGCUUGUGAGAGUGGCUCACGAGGCAGGUGCUGCUACUGGAAUUGUAAAUGUAGGUGUGACAAGAGCCGAUGACUUUGUAUCACUGAAAAUCAAUGCUCGCUUGGGUGAGAUCAUGCCCAGAGUGCUUCAMAUGGGGUCCCUUAGCAUCCCUGCCCUCCAAUGACAACACUUCCAAAAAAAAAAAACAGGUCUCUUCUGUUUCAAUCAAUAACUUUUAGUAGAGAAUCUAAUUUGCGACAUUAUGUUUGGGACAUGGAUUUCUUCAUUGUUAUAUUAAUAGCAAACCUGAGCUGAUCUUCUUUGGUUCUUCUGA